AAACAUGGCGUCAGGGCAGACACGCAAGAUGCUGGCGCUCACUCGCUGUGCCAUAUAUCUGUUAUUAUUACUCGUUCCUGGAGCGAUCUCCUCCACGCUGCGACUUCACCAUGACCAGAGAUUCAUGCCACCACAGGACAGGGGUUUCUCCCUAGUGCGUGCACACCUGGAGCAUGCAGAGAGUCGCGUCGUGCGUCUGGAGAGAGAAGUCAGGGAGGCUUCAUCAUCCGCGCACCAGCAUCGCGUUCGGCGGAAUGCUGCUGGAUCACCCGUGCCAAAGGUUUAUGGAAGGGCCAACCUGAAUGACUCUCAUAAUCAAAUGGUUGUCCAUUGGGCCGGGGAGAAGAGCAACGUCAUAGUAGCGUUAGCAAGAGACAGCGCCGGUGCCACAGAUCCCAAGACCAGCUCUGUGUACGUGUCUUAUGACUAUGGAACCACCUUCACCCAGGUAUCAGAGAAAUUUAAACUGUCUGGGGACCAGAAGGGCAAGAAACAGGUCAUAUCGCAGUUUUACCACAGCCCCGCUGACAACAAACGAUAUCUAUUUACUGACACCACGAACAGUUACCUGUGGAACACCUUUGACUUCUUCAAUACUGUUCAGGGUUUCUCCAUCCCAUUCAAACCCACAGACUUACUGCUGCACAGUAAGAGGCCUAACCUGGUCCUCGGUUAUGACAGUUCUCAUCCCAAUAAACAGCUGUGGAAAUCAGAUGACUUUGGUGAGACGUGGGUGUUAAUACAGGAGCAUGUGAAGUCCUACUUCUGGGGUGUAGAGCCAUACGACAAUCCCACCACAGUGUUUGUCCAGCGCCACGAGCCCCAGGGAGACUCCAGCAUCCUCAGCAGCACGGACUUCUUCCAGGACGAGCAAAACCGCCGAGUUAUCUUGGAGAAGGUGGACAGCUUCCAGCUACGGGACAAGUACAUGUUUGCCACUACCACCAGGACAUUGUUUGGGAGCCCUGAGUCUCAGUCUGUCCAGCUGUGGGUUUCCUACAACCGGCAGCCAAUGAGAGCAGCUCAGUUUAACACCCGCCACCCCAUCACGGAGUACUACAUAGCAGAUGCUUCGGAGGACCAGGUGUUCGUAUGCGUGAACCACAAUAAUAACGUUACACACCUGUACAUCUCCGACACACAGGGCCUGGCCUUCUCACUGUCCCUAGAGAACGUGUUGUACUUUAGCCCUGAUGGCUCCGGAAGCAACACGCUUAUCAGGUACUUCGCCAACGAGCCGUUUGCAGAUCUCCACCGGGUCGAGGGGCUGAGGGGUGUGUUUGUGGCCACUCUGAUCAAUGGAUCAGUCACUGAGGACAACAUGCGAUCAGUCAUCACAUUUGAUAAAGGAGGAACCUGGGAGCUUCUGCUGCCACCUGCGGCUGACAGCCUGGGAGGAACCAUAGACUGCCAGGCUCUGGCUGGUCCUCAUUUCUACACCUGGGGAGAUCAUGGAGGGAUCCUGAUGGCUAUCGCACAGGGUGGCUCCACCAGAACACUCAAGUUCAGUACUAACGAGGGAGAAACCUGGAAAGAGUUCCAGUUCUCAGAGCAGGAGGUAUAUGUGUACCAACUUCUGACUGAACCGGGUGAAAAGAGCACCAUCUUCACCAUCUUUGGCUCUUACGCGGAUCAGAAACACAGCUGGCUCAUUGUGCAGGUCAACGCUAGUGAUGUGCUUGGCGUGCCGUGCUCGGAUGGUGACUAUAAACACUGGUCUCCUUCUGACGAAAUGGGAAAUGGCUGUCUGCUCGGCAGAGAGAUGGUGUACAAGCGGCGCUCUCCUCACGCCACCUGCUUCAACGGCGAGGACUUCGACAGGCCUGUCACUCUAUCUAAUUGCUCCUGCACUCGACAGGACUAUGAGUGUGACUAUGGGUUUAAACUGAGUGAGGAUCUGUCUCUCGAGGUGUGCAUGCCUGAUCCUGAGUUUUCUGGAAACCUUUAUGCCCCACCAGUACCCUGUCCGGUGGGCACCACUUACCGCCGCAGCAAUGGGUACAGGAAGGUUUCUGGAGACAGCUGCAGUGGGGGAGACGUUGAAGCUCGGCUGAAUGGAGAAAUGCUGCCCUGUCCUGUGGGAGAGAGUAAUGAGUUUAUCCUGUAUGCGGUGAGGAGCUCCAUCCACCGCUAUGACCUGGCCUCAGGUACAGACCAGCCGCUUCCACUCUCGGGUCUCCAUGAGGCCGUGGCUCUGGAUUUUGAUUAUGAGAAGAACUGCCUAUACUGGGCUGAUAUUUCACUGGACACCAUAGAGAGACUGUGUUUGAAUGGAAGCUCUGGACAGGAAGUGAUUGUCAAAAAGGACCUACAAAACGUGGAGGCGCUCUCAUUUGACCCCAUCAGCAGGUUGCUGUAUUGGGUGGAUGCUGGUGCUCAGAAAAUCGAGGUGUCCAACUCUGAUGGAGACCUGAGACGCACUCUGGUCAAUUCUUCAGUGGUGGAGCAGCCUCGAGCCCUGACGCUCAUGCCAGGAGAGAGCUUGAUGUUUUGGACAGACUGGGGCGAUCGCGCAGCAGGCAUCUACCGCAGCUGGAUGGACGGUUCCAACAUCUCCUGCAUUGUGUCUGAGGCAGUUCACUGGCCCAACGGCAUAACAGCCGAUGAAUCAUGGCUGUACUGGACGGAGGCGUAUGGAGACCGCAUUGAAAGAGCAGACUUUAAUGGAGGCCGCCGUACUGUGAUAAUGGAGGGCCUGCCUCAUCCUUAUGCUAUUGCUGUUUUUAAGAAUGACCUGUACUGGGAUGACUGGUCUAGAAUGGGAAUCUUCAAAGCACCUAAAUCAGGCUCACCAGACAUUGAGAUGCUAGUGGGCGGACUGACAGGAGUGAUGGAUCUCAAGAUUUUCUACAAGGGAAAAAACAGAGGUCAGAAUGCUUGUGUGGAUCAGCCAUGCAGUCUUCUGUGUCUUCCCCAGCCUGGAAACAAGCAUCACUGUGUUUGCCCCGAUGGAGUUUCCACCACCAUCCUACCCUCAGGAGAGCAUCAGUGUCAGUGUCCCAGUGGAUACCAGCUCCACAAUAAUACAUGCAUUAAGACAGAACACACCUGCCUGCCAAACCAGCACCGCUGCGCUAAUGGGAAAUGCAUCAGCAGCAUCUGGAAGUGUGACAGUGACAACGACUGCGGCGACAUGAGUGAUGAACAGGAUUGCCCCACCACUUCCUGUGACCCUGCGGUCCAGUUCCGUUGCGUGGCCUCAGGCUCCUGCAUUCCACUGGCCUUCAAGUGUGACCAUGAGGAUGACUGUGGUGAUAACAGCGACGAGGAGCAUUGUGAGUCUCACAAGUGUGGCCCAGGAGAGUUCACCUGUGCAAGAGGUGUGUGUAUUCGGGACGCAUGGCGCUGCGAUGGGGACAACGACUGCAGGGACUGGUCAGACGAGACCAACUGUACUGCGGGUCACCACACGUGCGAGAGCAGUAGUUUCCAGUGUCACACGGGUCACUGCAUUCCUCAGCGCUGGGUGUGUGACGGAGAUGACGACUGCCAGGAUGGCUCCGACGAGGACCCUACCCAGUGUGGUAGAGAAAAGUGCAACGGCUUCUUGUGCUCUAAUGGCACCUGUCUGCCCGCCAGUGCUCACUGCAAUGGUGUGGAGGACUGUCCAGGAGGCGCUGAUGAGCAAAACUGCGGUCCACUCUGUGCACACUAUAUGGAGUUUGUGUGCAGAAACCGAGCACAGUGUCUGUUCCAGUCUCUGGUGUGUGAUGGUACCCGGCACUGCACCGAUGGAUCUGAUGAGGACCCAACGUAUGCUGGCUGCUGUGAGUCCAACAAAUUUGCUUACUGA